AUGAUCUCCAACGGCUUCGAUCCCAAGGAGAAGAGGUCAAAGUUCACCCAGGAGACCGUCGCCCGCCUCUUCAAGGAGAACCCCAACUACAACAUCAUAAUGGUGCACACCAAGCACCGCUUCGCCUAUGGAGAGCGCAUCCACCAGCACGUGGAAUUCAACACCGGAUGGGGGAACUCCUACGGCUAUGAGGUCUACUUCAUGAGGAGGGGACAGAAGACCAAGUUCAUCCUCGAAGGAGACGGAGGCUACCUCAACUGGGCAAUGAUCGGCUAUUUCCACAGGGAUGGAAACACCGUCGAGUUCUACUGA